CUGCGCCCUACUUCCGGUGUUUUGCUGGCGUUCUAUGGUGAAUUGGGUGCCGCUGUAUGAGGAUACAUGGACCCGCUUUGUCGAUCUCAUUGAGCAUUAAUUUUCCCUGAUAAUUGCCUGUAAAUAUUCUUAAUCGAUCGCUCCACCUGGGUGACAAGAAACGGCUUCAGGAUGUCGGCUAGUGCGGUGUAUGUCUUGGAUCUUAAAGGAAAGGUGCUCAUCUGCCGGAAUUACCGUGGAGAUGUGGACAUGUCCGAGAUCGAGCACUUCAUGCCCAUUCUGAUGGACAAGGAGGAGGAGGGCACCCUGUCCCCGAUUCUGGCCCACGGAGGUGUUCGCUUCAUGUGGAUCAAACACAAUAACCUGUACCUUGUUGCAACCUCCAAGAAAAACGCCUGUGUCUCCUUGGUCUUCUCCUUCCUCUACAAGAUUGUUCAGGUCUUCUCCGAGUAUUUCAAGGAGCUGGAAGAGGAGAGUAUUCGGGAUAAUUUUGUCAUCAUCUACGAGCUGAUGGAUGAGCUGAUGGACUUUGGUUACCCUCAAACUACAGAUAGUAAAAUCCUGCAGGAGUAUAUCACACAGGAAGGACACAAGCUGGACACUGGAGCCCCCCGCCCCCCCGCCACCGUCACCAACGCAGUGUCCUGGAGGUCGGAGGGCAUCAAGUACCGGAAAAACGAAGUCUUCUUGGAUGUCAUUGAGUCGGUCAACCUCCUGAGGAGUCCCUUCCAGUCCCUGCUCACUGCUUUGGGGUGCAGGCGGGGCGCCGCUUUUCUUCAGAUGGUUUUGUGUGCAUUGCAGGUGAAGCCGCUGAUCUGGAUCGAGUCGGUGAUCGAGAAGCACUCGCACAGCCGGAUCGAGUACAUGAUCAAGGCCAAGAGCCAGUUCAAGAGAAGAUCGACGGCCAACAACGUCGAGAUCCACAUCCCCGUUCCCAAUGAUGCCGAUUCUCCCAAGUUCAAAACCACGGUCGGGAACGUGAAGUGGGUGCCGGAGAACAGCGAGAUCGUGUGGUCCAUCAAGUCAUUCCCGGGAGGCAAGGAAUACCUGAUGAGGGCUCAUUUCGGGCUACCCAGCGUAGAGGCUGAAGACAAGGAAGGAAAACCGCCGAUAAGUGUGAAGUUUGAGAUCCCCUACUUCACCACCUCCGGAAUCCAGGUGCGCUACCUGAAGAUUAUUGAGAAGAGUGGGUACCAGGCCCUGCCAUGGGUACGAUACAUCACCCAGAAUGGAGACUACCAGCUGAGAACACAGUAGAAGGAGCCCCAUUUGGACACCCAGAAGAUUCCAGCUAUUUCUUUACUGUACAUUUGCAAGAAAUAUUUGUUGUAUCUGUGGCACAGAGCUCUAGUGUCUUUAUUUUAGUAUAUUAACAUUUCAGUCUUUCCAAUCCCCAAGCUGAAGGGUAAGCUCAUUCAGAGACAAGUAACUCUGUCACCUCUGUUGCAGAUACCAUUUCAGUAGUCUCGUUCUACAAAUUUGUUACAUUUGCAAGAAACAUCUUUAGGUUUAUAUAGUUCAUAAAAUCUCAGCAAACUGAAUUAGCAUGUCUAAAUUAUGGCACAUAGACAUGAAAUUUAAUGGUCAAAGUAGGUUGUUUAAAAACAGGCAAAGCUUUAGGUUAUUUAAAUUAAGAUAUUGCCUUUUUCCCCUGAAUGCAUUGGGGGAAAUAAAUGAGAAGGUGUUCUGUUUAAAGAAGUUGUAACAUUGUUUAAUAGGUCCAUCAAAGCUUCAGUAGAAUCUUUUAUUUUAUUCACAGCCUGACUGAUGUGCCUGAAGGAGGAAAGGCUGUGAGUUGUUGCAUUGUGGACAAGAUUGUUGUGUAAACUGUAAGAUUUCUUUUUCUACCACAACCUCUCUAUUUCUUUGUCCAGGAGGUCACGCUUCAUAGGUAGGUCAGUUUGUUACCGGGCAUGAACUAGAAAACAGGGAAAUUGGAACAAAUGCCAACAGACUUAAUGAUUUUCCGUAGUUCAAAAUGGCAGGGUAAAGCAACCUGUUCAGUUACAAACCGAAGUAUUCAUGAUUAUUUGAAAAUGUCUCUUCUCCAUUUCUUGUACUGUAGGUUUAUUGUUGCAGUAUUAGUAACUGACAAAACAAUGACCAAAUUGCUGCAUUAGGUAUCACUGUGACGUUUGUUUGGAAUUAGUGAUGUGAAUAGGGGUUCCUCAGGUGUACAUUUUGAGAACUGCAGCACUAAGAUUGCCCCCUAGUGAUAGCUGUAAAAAGACUGAAAAGGCCGGAAAAUAAACAACCCUCAUCUGUGCUCUGUUACAUGACUGAAUGAAUGAUUUGCUUAAAUGUUUUAGAUUUUAUCCCAGGCCUUGUCCAGCACAUGUUCUGAAGGUGAACCACAGACUCUGUAAGUCAUCAUUGAUUAAUGGCCUUUAAAGUAUAUAUAUAUAUGCAGUUGAGAAAAUAAUUAGUUCCCUUACUUGCUUAAGCAUUUAGAUGGAGGUCUUGCAGCUUUUAGGAAUUCUGAAUCCCCAGUGGAGUUCUUUGGAACUUUAAAUGUUUGAGAACAGUGUGUGUUUAUAAGUAUGGAGAUCUGAUGUUCUUCACCAAAUGUUUUUAUGAAACUGCAAAGGGUUUUGAAAUAGAAUACUUCAUCUGUGGUCGGCUACAAAAUACUGCGAACCUUUUUAAAAGGUAAAUGCAACUGAAAUGUUUACUGAACAGUGUUACAGUUCCAGUGUAUGAAUCUCUACUUUGCCUUGCUGAUUCAACGUACAGAAAGAGUUGAUGCGGUACAGUGCUAAUCUUUUUUUUCAACGCUUAUCGACUCUUCUGUUCGAUUUCAUUUUCAUUUUUUUCCUUUCGAGUGGUUACUGGUUGUCCCUGAAGAUGGUGUAGCCCAGAUGUAUGUGGGAGGAACUGUUAUGCUUGCUGUAUAGCUGUAAUGGUACUUCUAUAUAAAACCAAGAUCAACACAUUAAAACACUGCAUUAAAACACCUGUAAGAGGAUCUCAUAUGAUUAAAGGGGAACUUCUAAGGCAUGUUUCUCAAAUCUCUUGGCAGCAGUGCUAUGCCAGAUGAAAGGUUAAGGUUACAAGUAUUUUGUUUUAUGUUUGUAAUCAUUUCCUUCUAUUGUUUUUACUCUUAUAGUGACAACUACUGACCACAGACUGGCACAGCAUGCUUGAUUUCAAUUAAACAGGAAAUGCUCUCAAUUCUGAGUGUGCCCUAAGGAACAACUUCAUCUCUGCAAAGGGCAGAGCUCUUUAAACCAUGGCAGACAAAACAAAAUUGCUAGUAACAACGGGUCAUGCACACUCCUCACUUGCUGCCAUACUGUAGGUGUUGUGUUUAGUCCACCAGUAAAUAGUUCUGCUGCUCUAGAGAGGAUUAGGAAAGUCUGAAAUCCAGCACUUGCAAAACAAAUUCUGACACCAACAAACUCUUAAGUCUAGUUGAUUAUUUAAGAAUAGGGUGUAAUGCUAAAAACCCCUUCAUUGGGGGGGAAACAUACUGAUUCUUAGGACAGCAAUGCUCCUAUAUCUCCCUAGCAAUCCUUUUAAUCUUUAUAUAGCAUAGGCCUGAUUUUGCCUGUGUAUUUCUUGUGUAGCUAUUACCAUUGCCAUGUUGGAAGCUUUUUGUCUAUAAAUUGAAUUAUUUGUUCUCUGAAUGGCCUGGAUGCAUCUCAGUCUCAAUCUGUGUCUCUAAGCUGCUCUUGUGCCUGGGGGAGGGCGGCGAGUUUAGCAGAAUUGUUCCACCUGACUCUAGCUGCAGUGAUGCAGCUCCUUUGUCGUUUCUUGUUUGCCAUCAGUACAUUGUUAAAUCAUAAAAUACUGAGCACCCCCCCCUUUGAAUGUAAGCAUUUAAUUAAAGUAGUGUAUAUUGUAAA